AUGCCUGCGCACACGCAUCGCCUUGCUCGAGAUCAGUCUACACCACUUUACCAGUUCAUCGAGUCCGGCUUAAAGGUGCCUUCUUUCCUUCCUCCUAAACUUGGCUGGAGAAAUAAAAAUGAAGGAUGUGACGAUACUGCCCGAAUUCUUCACAAUGAGGAUGAUCCCCCAGAGUCUUCAGCAGCUGAGCAGCCUUCCACGUCUACAGAGACUACGCAGAGUCCCCAGACAGCCGCCUUACCCGAAGCAGAUACUUCCCCUCCACCUUACUGUAGCAUAGCUGUAGAAGCAGCUGCAACCUCAGAAACACACAAUGAAUUUUAUCCUGUACCACCUCCAUACAGUGUAGCUACCUCUCUUCCUACUUACGAUGAAGCAGAGAAGGCCAAAGCUGCAGCAAUGGCAGCUGCUGCAGCAGAAGUUGCCCAACGAGAAGAAGAGUAUCCACCACGGGAUGAUUUCAGUGAUGCAGAUCAGCUUAGAGUGGGCAAUGAUGGCAUCUUCAUGUUGGCAUUUUUCA